CGUAUUUCAAACCCUUCUACCAAGCAAUGAAAUUCUCUGUGCGACGACGAAGACUACUACCUCUAUCCCAGCAAGACGCCUCUCCGACGCAUGAGCUUUCGGAAUCUCAUUCAGCGAUUCCUUCUGCCAACAGGGAAGCACAAUUGGCAGCAGCUGAUGGUGGGAGAUGAAGAGUUCCGGCGCCGCUUCUACCACCUGUGGAAAUGCUAUCCUCCAAGGAUUGGCAUUGCUGUGAGCGGCGGCGUGGACUCCAUGGCACUCGCGUGGCUCACAAAAUCGCUUGCGGAGGCCGAGAACAUGAAGGUCCACGCCUUCAUCGUCGACCACGGUGCACGACCGGAGAGCGCAGAGGAAGCACAGAAAGUUGCCGAGAUCAUGGCCGGCUACAGCUUUCAGCCGCACGUACUUCAGCUAUCGUGGGGACCAGAGGGACUCCCAACUGGUGGAUUCGAGACGGCGGCACGGACGGCUCGGUACCAAGCGCUUGCGCAGGCAUGCGUGGAGAAUGAAGUACGACACGUGCUGCUCGGCCACCAUUCGGACGAUCUGGCGGAGACAGUGAUGAUGCGGAUGAUCUGCAGCAGUCGGGCGGAGGGUUUGCGGGGGAUGAAGCACAUCUCGCGGAUGCCCGAGACUUGGGGGAUUUAUGGGGCGGACGAGAUAGAGAUCGGACGGCCGUUCCUGAGCGUGUCGAAGACGCGGCUAAAGUGCACCUGUAAGGUGGAGGGCGUUCGAUGGUUCGAAGACCCUACCAACAACGACCCCUCGUAUACCAGGCGCAAUGCGAUCAGGAAACUGCUGUCUACUAUACCGCCACGACUACCGAAAGCAUUGCAGAAGCCGGCAUUGGUGGAGAUGGCGCAUCGGGUGGCUGCUCAGGACGCCGCUGUGACGAGGAAAGCGAGGGAGGUUCUGGCGCUGGAUUGCGAAGUCAAUGUCAACCAGAGUACUGGCACAUUACAGAUGAUGCUGCCGCCUACCUAUACAGGUCUUGGGUUGGGACUGGGUCCGAAUGAUCCUGCUGGUGCUAGGAUCAUGCUCCGAGUGUUGACAGUAAUCGCGGAACGAGUAACUCCCUUACGGAAGAUCAAGCGGAAAAGCAUGAUCAACGUGCUCGCAAACAUCUAUGAGAGAAGCCCCCGGGAGCCCAUACAUUUUACAGCGGCUGGCUUGUCCUGGACGAGAGGAGCGAACAAGUUAAUCUGGAGCCUGCGGCGGGUACCGCACACACAUCGGGCUAGAGCGGAAGCCACAGUGGAGUUCGACACUGAGCCGCCGAAUCAGUGGAGCGAGUGGAAGUUGUGGGAUGGGCGGUGGUGGAUACGCGUUCAGUCGCUGCGGAAGGAAAUUAGAAAGGUGGUGGUGCGGCCACUGGCACCAGAAGACAUGAAGCAGUUGCGUGGUAGGGUCGAGCAGAUCGGGAUGCCGUGGAUAAUGGAGGAGUUGGCGAAUAUGGGGCCAAAAGCUCGGUUCACUGUUCCAGUCAUUGCAAUCGAGGAACGUAGCCCUGACGACUGGGAGGUCAUCGACGACUGGCUCCUGAUCGGUCUGCCGUCUUUUGGCGUAGAUCUGAUGAAUAGAAACGGGCCAUAUGUUAGUGAUGGAAGGUUGGUGAGAUGGAAGAUAUCAUUCAGGAAGCCGAUGUGAAUCGGGUGGGGAGUGUGGGAGGGUAGGUCUCUCACGCCAAACAUUUACACCAGAGCUUCAAAUUGUACAUAAUACCCAGUACUUACUCGAGUACCUACAUGCAAAUAUGGAGAGGCAGGGGAGGUUAUCUUGUGAUGUGGAGAUGUACGAUAGAGGGUAAAAGUUGGAAAGCAUACCCGGUGUUUCUCGAGAAUUGAAACUGCUAGGACAUCUUCAACCGAGACAUGAGGUGCCAGGCUAGAUUCAACGAAAACAUCAUUGUGAUGGUUUAUUUCUCG